AUGUCGCUUCCGAUAUUUAAUCCCAUUCAUCAUUAUUAUUCUCUUCUGAAAGCUCUGCUUUCAAGUGAAGUAAAAAAAAAAAAUAUAAAUCGAAAUAAAGGAACACAAACAAAAAAGAUAUCAAACUCAGUGACAAUAUUUUUAAAAGAAAGUUUAAGUGAAAAUACCUCCACAAAGUUCACUGGCAUUUAAUAUCACAAUUAAAAUAAACAGUUAAAGGAAGGAGAGAGUGAAGUCAAUCAUUAAGCUAAUAAGAAACUUAAAAUGGAUUACUAUCAUCGAACACCCAACAGACAAAAU